AUGGCGGACUUCGGGUCGCCCGUCUCAAAGUCGCUGGCGGCACGUCCGGCCGGUAUCAGCAACGGCAACGGCUCCAACGUCCCCCCCGCACCCACGACACCCAACCUGACCACCUCUUCCUCCACCACAAGGCCACCAGCUGUCUCUGCCAAAUCCUCGACCGGCGGUGCGCCGCGCUCCUCCAUUGCGGUCAGCUUGCACGAGGCCGCCCUCGACUCGCCCUCCUUCCGCGCCAGCGCUGUUCUUUUCGCCGAGCAGGUCGACGGCAUCGAACGCUGGCUCGAGAGCUAUGCCAAGAGCACCGCAAAACUCGUCCAUGAUUUUGCCGGCCUCGAAGACACCAUCCAUGCCUACCUAUCUAAAAUCGUGCCUCCGCCCGGCGUGGCCGACGGCGUGAUCGACGCAGACCACACCCUGCUCGCCCUCAAGCGCGUCAGCGACGGCUCCCGCGACUGGUGGGCCGGAGUGUCGGCCGCGCUGCGCCGCUUCGAUACUGUCAAUGCCGAACCCAUUCGCAUGUUUUUGCACAACGACAUUCGCGUUUUCAAAGAGACCCGCCGCAUCCUCGAGCAUGCGCAGAAGACAUACGACACAGCCCUCGCCCGCUACGUCGCGCAGAGCAAAGCCAAAGAGCCCUCUGCGCUGCGCGAGGACGCCUUCGCCGUGUACGAGACCCGCCGCGCGUACCUCAAGGCGUCCAUGGACUUUUGUCAGAUGGCGCCGCAGCUGCGGUCCGGCCUCGACAAGCUGCUGACGCGCGUGUCCGCCGAGGUCUGGCGCGAGAUGAAGCGCACGCGCGAGACCAGCAACGCCCUCGCCAGCGCCACCCAGUGGGGCGCCGAGAUGGAGCGCAUCCGCGGCUGGGCCAAGGACAUUGAGCUGGCCGAGGCGCCCCUCAAACGCGAGCUGCAGCUGUCCCGGCGCGAGAUUGGCGAGACCACGCUGGCCACCAUCCGGCCCUCGCGCGAGCUCGACGACUACAGCGCGUCCACCGUACCGUUCCUGGGGUCGCGGGGCCCACCGUCGGCAGUGGCCCCCUCCUCGGCGGGCUCACCGGGCGCCGUCAUCUCCGAAAAGCAGGGCUGGCUGUUUCUCCGGACUGUCACCGGCAAGCCCGCCCGGGUCAACUGGCUCCACCGCUGGUUCUACUGCCGCGACGGCAUCUUUGGCUACCUGGUGCAGGGGCCCCAGGGCGUCUUGCAGGGCGACGACAUUGGGGUGCUGCUGUGCAGCGCCAAGCCGGCCGUCCAGGAAGACCGCCGGUUCUGUUUCGAGGUCAAGACCAAGAGCCAGAACCUCAUGCUGCAGGCCGAAACCCAAGGCCAGCUGACCGAGUGGCUCGAGGUCUUUGAAGUCGCCAAGCGUAAAGCCUUUGAGGCCAGCAUGGCCCGCGACAACGCCGCCACGCCUCUGGGCAGCGUGGACCCGGCCUUUGCCAUCACCCCACCCUCAGUCGCUGAUUUUUCUGCGCGCGCACUCGAUGCGAUCCAGCUCGGCACGUUGGACGAGUCCGGUGGCGAUCGUGACCGUGGUGAGCGCGGCGGAGACCGCGAACGUGGCGAUAGCGGCGCCGGCCUCACCAUGAGCCAUUCUGGUACGUUGCCCGUCCCCGGCGGCGGGCCUGAUGCAGGGCUGGUCGCGCGCAAUAGCUUUGACGUCUCGGCGGUGCCCCCGCGGCGCUCCAUCACCAUGCUGGGCCAGGAGCUGCGGCGCGAGGAAGGCGAGAGCGGCAGAGAGCACGCCGCCCGCAUCAUGCAGAGACUGGAUAUGCACCGCAAGGCCACCUUUGGUUCCGGCGCCGACAAAUUCGGUGACAGCCCCGGCAACAGUGGUAGUAGCGGUGGCCUCGGCACCAACGGCGGCAUGUCCUCGUCAAAUCUGUCUCAGCAGCCGCCGGGCAUUGCCAGCCUCAUCUCGGCCAGCCACAGUAUGCUGCCCAGCUUCCCUGCCAACGUGACUCUUGGCCAGGCGCCGGCGUCGCUUCCUGGCCCGCAACAGCAGCAGCAACAGCAGCGUGGACCUGGCGGCGCCACGCUGUCCCCCUUGGAAACGCGCCGCGGCCUGCUGGCGCCCAUCACGUUUGCCAAGCCCCCGCUCGUUACCUUUUUGAGCAAAGUCGCCGUCAAUGCCAGCAGCGAGCGCGUUUUGUGCCGACCCAGCCAUGUCGGCGGCCUGCCGUCGGGCAUCCUGGCCAACUACUGGGGCAGCCAGCCAUGGGGCGACAGCUUUGUGUCCAAGGGCAACGAGUACAAAAAUGAUGCGGCCGCCUUCGAGAACAGCGACUUGUCUGUGGUGAACUCGCCCGGUACGCCGACAGUCGGCUCCCCCGCCGUUGGCACGCCCGUCUCGGCCCACCGCAAGACUGUCAGCGUCGACACCGCCAAGCUGGCCGAUGCCCGCCACGGAGGCAGCAACGACCGCGGCGCGCCCGAGACGUUCCCGCCCAACUACCCGACUGAGCUGCGCACGCAGCAUGCGCAGUUCCGCCUGCUGUUCCCGUCGGUACCGCUCUCUGAGAAGCUGGUGCUGGUCUUCAACGCGGCGUGGUCCAGCGCGUCCGAGGCCGGCACGGCAAACCAGGGUCUGGUGGGCAGCGGCCGCAUCUACGUCACGUCGGACAACAUGUACUUUUACAGCACGAGCAUGGGUCUCGUGGUGGCCUACGCGGUGAGCCUGGAUUUGAUUACGGAAGUGACGUCAGCGCCAGGCAAAGACUGCGACUACACCUUUUUGCAUCUCAGCCAGGACGUCAUGAACGAGACGGGGUUCACGCGCAUUACGAUCAAGACGUUCUUGGAGGACAUGAACGUGCUGCAGGCGCGUCUGAACCUGCUGAUUGACAACCUGCAGGCGGCGGAGCCGAUGGGCGUGUCGGACAUUCUCGUCGCGCUGCAGAGCAUUGUGCACGACGAGGACGCGACCGGACGCAAGAGCCCGAGCGUGGCCAGCUGGGACCAGCUGUCGCUUGCGUCGCCUGUUGACGAGCACGGCAACAUUUUGCAUUUGGCGCGGCAUGGGGGUCACCGCACUGUCUCGAGCCACAGCCAUGGCGGCGGCGGUCGACGCAUCACCAGCACGGGUAGCCGCGGUCUGGCCACGGCCACCCAUACGGGCCGCACGCUCGGCAAGCUGCAGCUGCCGGCCCACCCGGUCGUGUUUGAGCCAAACGACAUGCAGAAGAAGGUGGCGGAGCGGCACUUUGAAAUCAGUGCCAAAGCGUGCUUCCAUGUACUGUUUGGCGACAAGUCCUUCAUCUUCCCCAAGCUCUACUUUGACCGGCAGGCGCGCGAGAUCGAGCAGGGGCCGUGGGUACUGUCGGACCACGGCUUGACAACGCGGCAGUUCUUGUUCAGAGUCGAAGCGGUCGACAUGCUCGGACGCAAAAAGGACGAGAAUGUGGCCGACCAGCAGACCAUCGACAUCUUCCAGGACCACGUGAUGUACGUGGUCUCGCACGUCAAGACGGCGUGGCACCUGCCGCACUCGACGGCCUUUAAGCAGGUGACCAAGAUUGUGAUUACCCACGUGGCCAAGUCCAAGUGCAAGCUGGCGGUCUAUGUCAAAGUGGACUGGUCGAACCCGCCGGCGUUUAGCAAGAACCUGGUGGAGCGGCAGGCGCUCGACGACGCGUCGCGCGACGCCGAGGAGCUGGCGGAGGUGGCGACGGACGAGGUACGCAAGCUGGGCGCACACAGCCGCACGAAGCGGGCGAUGCAGGUGUACGGCAACAUUGGGCAGCAGACCAAGGUGGUCAAGUUUGCGCCCAACGAGGGCGCGGGCAGCAAGCAGCGCAACACGACGCAAAUGAAGCCGCGCACGCUGACGGAGAUGCUGCUGGAGACGUUCCGGAGCUUCAUGGAGUCGGUCGUCACCAGCCUGGUCAUGUGGGCGUUUGCUGGGUGCCGCUCUCUGUUCCGCGUGGCCUCGGCGCACCGGCUGCUGCUGGCCGUGCUGGGCUUGAGCGUCGCGGCCAACCUCAUCUUUUCGUCCCGCGAGACCGCCGCCUGGUGGACCGAGCGGCACGCCACGACGUACAUGCGCAAGCUGGGCGUCGGGCCCAAUGUCAUGAUGAGCAAGUCGAUCUACCUCAGUGACCUGGAGGCGGCGUCGCACGCUCGCAGCGACGCGGUCACGCCGCAACGCGGCCGUCGCAGUGACAAAGACAGCAUUUGCUAUUCUACGUUCCUGUCGAUUGCCAAUGCGACGGACUUGGACGCUCCGUACGAGGAUGCCGGCGCACUCCUGUCGUCACCGACGAGCCGGGCCACGGCGCAGCGGCUUCGGCGGACUCGCCAGAAACUUGGGUCGUACCGGCACGACUUGGUGGUGGCGAUGCGGGUGGUCAACAGCGUGGAGCGCGAGAUGGUGCAGUCGGAGUGGGAGAACUGGCUGGCGGACGAGACACAGCGGUGCGACCAGGUGAAGGCGAUGCUCACGAAGCGGACGGCUGGCGAGCGAAGCGAGGACAAAAAGAGCGAAGACAAGAAGAGUGAAGACAAGAAAACCGACAAGACGGACGGUCGCAUGGCCCUCCUCGCACACUGGCACGACGACUAUUGCGGGAGCUGCCACGCCGACCAGCGUGCAUUGGACGACGAGGAAUGGCGACGAUCGAUGAUCUGA